AUGGAACGUGAUCAUGUCAAUGAAAUUGAACGCCUUAAUGAAACUGUAAGUUUAGUUGGAAAACUUGGAAUGGGAAAUAGCUUAUUAACUCAAAUGCAUUCAAAAUGGAGUGAACGUGAUGACAAGGAAUGCAAGGAAGAAAAAGCUGGAUGCCAGACGGAAAAGGAAGAGCUUAGGAAAGAUAUGCAACAAUUGAGUAAGCAAAUAUCAUCUCUCAAUUUGAAGUAUGUACAAUGUGACUCUGAGAGGCCAGCACAUGCUGAAUGCAAAGAAGAGAAGAUUAAAUGCCUUAAGGAAACUCGCAAACUUAAUGAAUUAAUUGAACAAUUAAAGAAAGACAAGUCAGCUUUAGAUGUGAAAUAUGCAAAGUGUGACACACAUAGAGAUGAUUUCGAGCAAUGCAAAGUUGAUAAGAAAGAGCUUGAACAUAAUAAUAAAAAGCUUGAGGCAAGCUUGAAUGGUCUUAACGUAGAGGCUGCUAUACUCAACAUAACUCAUAGUUAUAAAUUUGACGAAGUAAAAUCUUGUGAAGCACGUCUUCAUCUUACUAAG